AUGUCCAGACCGCAAACUUACCAGCAAGAUUAUAUUGCGCGCAUACGAUUCUCCAACGCGCUGCCACCGCCGCCAUGCCCCCCGAAGCUUCUCGACAUACCCAACACGGGUCUUUCAAGCGGACAGUACACAUCGGCAGCUUUUGCGUCAAGGUUGGCCAGAGAACAGCCACUGAACAUUGAGGCGGAUGCAGAACUUGGCAUGCCUAUAGACCUAGUCGGUAUUCCAGGAGUGUUCGACGGCGACGAAUCUGCUAUCCAGGCGCUGCCUCACCCAUCACAAUUACAUCCCGCUGACCGUGCGCUGAUGCGACCUCCCAAUGCGCUAGGCAAGUCAACAGCGAGCGCCUCAAAUGCUUCGUUCUUGCGCCGCACUGAAUACAUUACGUCGAGUACAGCCGGCAGUAAAUCCACUUUCGAGUCGAGUACCUCAUCGAACACGAUGCGAUUGCGGAAGAAGCGCGCGCGCGGAAAUGUCUCGGAAGACGACCCCAUUUAUAUCACUCGCAACAUUUUGAAAGGCUUCAAUCUCGCAUACCCAGAAGAUGCCUACACAGGGCCGGAUACGACUGAAAACUUGCGCCCGGCAGACAUCGAUGUGGAGGCCAAACGCGCGUGGAAGAAUCCCAAGCACCCUCGCAACGACAAGCUGGAACUCGUUGGUUCAUACCCACUGCUCCCAGAUUGGGAUGCUAUCCCGGAUACCGGCAGCUAUGCCAUUUUCAAGUUUGGCGCUGCGCCUAUCAAGGACCCCUCUAACCCCUCCACAUACGACCCACGUCUCGAUGUUUCUAUCCUUCGCCUGGCCGGUGAGACGAUCGAAGAUCGCGGGAAACACAUGCAAGAGCAAGAGGUGUGGAAACAGGACCCUUCGCUACCUACGCCUCUCCCUUGGUUCCACUAUGAGUUCUUCCUGCCUACCGACCGUGAGAGGGUGGCGGGCAUCAAGCGCAAUUUCACGACGAACGACCCCGACUCGUCGGAUCUGCCUUUUGAAGAGACGGUUGAUGAUGAAGGGCGUCCUAGGAAAUACUUCAGAUAUGAGAACAUCCGGACGUAUGAGACCUACAGUCAGGUCAGCAACCUUAACGACCGUUUUGGCGAUACCGUUGCGCUCGCGCUGCACGACCCCGAUAUCCAUACCGAAGAGAAGUUGCGCGAUACCAAAUUACAAAAGGCGGCGUAUUUCUAUCCCAUUGGGCAGAAAUCACAGAUCAGAGCGCGGAGACCUGGUCGUGUCCAGAUGGUGGAGGAAUUCCCAAAGAUAGAUUACCUGGACGCUUCCGGUCGGGCGCCUGACGAGGAGGAGGUCACCAAGCGGGAGGAGGAGCACAGACGGUAUGAUCCGGACGCAGCCUGA